AUGGCGACGCACAAAGCCUCCUACAUCACGAUUGAUCAGUAUGAAUUCCCCAGGGGCAGCAAAGGAGUUGGAACGCUGGUUUGCGCAGCCUUGAUGGUACUGUCUACCCGGAGGAAGUUCAUCGAGCCAGGCUCACUCAUACACGAUCACAUCUUGGCUCGAAGCGCGAAGGCCGCCAAACACUCCAAGCUUGUGCAAGAUAUUCUCUUUUACCUCUUCUUUGGAGUCCAUGGCGUCGAAACCGUCUGGUUUGGUCUGAUCCAGCUGAAGAAACACAACGUCAAAAUCUUUAGCCUGCUCGGAGUUCAGUGGCUAGCUACGGUCUUUGCUGGAGGCGUCUUCGCCACAAACCAUUGGGCUGAGGUGGUUGAGAAGAAGGAGGUUCAGGUUCUCAAGGAGAUUUGA